CGUGGCUGGCGUCCGGGAGCUCCAGGUGUGGCUUCCGCAUCAAGAUGGCCGCCGCCUGCCGCGCCGGAGUCCGGCUGCGGCCCCGCCGCCUCUCCCGCUUCUCCGUUGGGACCCCACUGCUCUGUGUCUCUCUUUGCUUCCUGUGCGGGGCCCCAGUGGCUGUGGACGCCGUCCCCGAGCUCGGGCUCUGGACCGAGUCUGUCAGUGACAAAUCAGGACCUUUGAUAUUUAGGAAAACUAUGUUUAACUCUACUGAAAUCAAGUUUUCUGUAAAGUCAUUCAGUUGUUCUGGGCCGGUGAAGUUUACCAUAGAGUGGCAUUUGAAAUAUCAUACCUGUCACAAUGAAUAUCCUGAGCUGGAAAAUAAAGAACUAAUGAGUGUGAGAAAUAUUUCAAACCAGGAAGGAUCACUGGAUGUUGUAGCCAAGACACAGAGGGAUGGCUUUCAUAUCUUUAUUGUUUCUAUUAAAACGGACCAAACAACUGCCAGCUGGAAUCUGAAUGUUUCUCUUUCUAUGAUGGGGCCUCAUGGAUAUAUCUCUGCAUCAGAUUGGCCUCUAAUGAUUUUUUAUAUGGUGAUGUGUAUUGUUUAUAUUUUAUAUGGUGUGCUCUGGCUGACGUGGUCUGCCUGUUACUGGAAAGAUAUAUUAAGAAUACAGUUUUGGAUUGCAGCUGUGAUUUUCCUAGGAAUGCUUGAAAAAGCAAUUUUUUAUACGGAAUACCAAAACAUCAACAGCACUGGAUUGUCAACCCAAGGUUUAUUGAUAUUUGCGGAGUUGAUAUCUGCGAUUAAAAGGACAUUGGCUCGUCUCCUUGUGAUCAUUGUGAGCUUGGGCUAUGGCAUUGUGAAGCCCCGUUUAGGAACAGUCAUGCACCGAGUGGUUGGACUGGGACUGCUUUACUUGAUCUUUGCAGCUAUUGAAGGUGUAAUGAGAGUCAUUGGGGGUUCUAAACACUUAGCGGUUGUUUUGGGAGACAUUAUUUUGGCAGUUAUUGACUCCAUUUUUGUAUGGUUCAUUUUCAUAAGUUUGGCACAGACUAUGAAGACUCUAAGGCUAAGAAAGAACACAGUGAAGUUUUCAUUGUAUAGACACUUUACUAAUACUCUUAUAUUUGCUGUACUUGCCUCUAUAGUGUUUAUGGUGUGGACAACUAAGACAUUUAGAAUUGCAAAAUGCCAGUCCGACUGGAUGGAGCUCUGGGUUGAUGAUGCAUUUUGGAGCUUCCUUUUUUCACUUAUCCUUAUUGUAAUAAUGUUUUUGUGGAGGCCAUCAGCAAAUAAUCAAAGAUAUGCAUUCAUGCCCUUAAUAGAUGAUUCUGAUGAUGAAGUUGAAGAAUUCAUGGUAACAUCUGAAAAUUUAACUGAAGGAAUAAAAUUAAGAGCCUCAAAAACUGUUUCCAAUGGAACAGCUAAGCCUACUUCUGAAAACUUUGAUGAAGAUCUGAAAUGGGUGGAAGAAAAUAUUCCCUCUUCAUUCACAGAUGUGGCCCUUCCAGUAUUAGUGGAUUCAGAUGAGGAAAUUAUGACCAGAUCUGAAAUAGCUGAAAAAAUGUUCUCUUCAGAAAAGAUAAUGUGAUUGGAACCUGUGUAAUUGAAACUCAGUUAAUGGUAAAGGAUCAUCUUUCGUGAAGACUGAAAGAGAGCUUUGUUGUGAUAUAACGUAAUAAGUUCUCACUGUGUUAGUUAUCUUGGAAGUCUUUUUAUUAAACUGAAGAAUUCAA